AGAGCAAUGUUAUGUUAAAAAAAUACGCCAUAAAUUUAUGUCACGUAAGUUUGAUGAGUUAGAACAUCUCAUAGAGGCUAAUAUUUUGAUGGGCCACUGCGUAAUUUCAAAAAAAGAGCCCCCACGUACAUUAGGGUAAUCAAUUAAGCCUAAUUAAUCUACUAAUCUAGGGACUGAUUCGAUUGAAAUCACGAACAUACGGAUCAUUCGAGAAAAGAGAAUGAACAGACGGGGUGAUAAGUGGAAAAGAUAACAAAGACGGGGUAUUAAGUGAAAAGCGAACAGAGACCGGUGGAAAGGACCCCGGCCCACCUGGAAGCCGGAGAGAAUCGAGCAGAGCCACCGAUCGCUCCUCUCCACUUUCCACAUUCCAGUUCCACUCCGCCUCCGCUGCCGGUCGCCGACUCCGAAACUCCGACAGUCCGACCACAAGAAGGAUGAGUGAAGAGGAUAAGACUGCUGCUUCUGCUGAGCAGCCGAAGAGGGCCCCUAAGCUCAAUGAAAGGAUCCUCUCUUCUCUGUCCAGGAGGUCCGUAGCUGCUCAUCCAUGGCAUGAUCUUGAGAUCGGUCCUGAUGCUCCUGCUGUUUUCAAUGUUGUUGUUGAGAUCACAAAGGGAAGCAAAGUUAAAUAUGAGCUUGACAAGAAAACUGGACUGAUUAAGGUUGAUCGAGUCCUGUACUCAUCAGUUGUAUACCCUCACAAUUAUGGUUUCGUUCCAAGGACUCUUUGUGAAGACAAUGACCCAAUGGAUGUGUUAGUCCUGAUGCAGGAGCCUGUUGUUCCUGGUUCGUUCCUGCGAGCAAGAGCAAUCGGCCUUAUGCCCAUGAUUGACCAGGGUGAAAAGGAUGACAAGAUAAUAGCAGUCUGUGCUGAUGAUCCUGAAUAUCGUCACUACAACGACAUCAGUGAGCUGUCUCCUCAUCGCCUGCAAGAGAUCAAGCGGUUCUUUGAAGAUUAUAAGAAGAAUGAGAAUAAAGAGGUUGCUGUCGAUGCAUUCUUGCCUGCGACCACAGCUCGAGAGGCCAUUCAGUACUCCAUGGAUCUGUAUGCGCAGUAUAUUUUGCAAAGCUUGAGGCAGUAGAUUGGAAGCAACUAUUUAUCUGGGCGUCUUGGAAUGAGUGUGAUUUUAAUAAGUCAAAACACUUGAUAUUGUGUGCAAAUCUUGGGGUUGAGAACAAUGUCACUAGCUGUGAUUUACUUCUGUGACUUGCAUUUUUUUUCUUGUUAAAUUAUGAAUAAGCGAAGUCCAUACGUCUACUGUGUGGCUUCUUGCUGGGUUCAUCGUCUACCCAUGUUCCUCAAGCUUGGGAACAUGGGGCUUUUCCCCAUUUCCGUGUCUUCCAUGCGAAGUAAAAUUUAUUUGUAUACAAUCGUAUUAAUCUGUUCAUGUGAGUUUUUUAUUUGUU